GGGGCUGCGGGGCUCGAGUCUGCUGCUUGUUUUUAUUCACCGGAGGAAAAUUCACGUUUUUGAAAACGAAAGUGCAGAAAACAAAAGAAGGAGAAGAAGAAGGAGGAGGAGAAGGCGAGGGGGAAUAAAGUUCUAUCGCUCAGAAGAAGAGAAGAAGAAACGCGGUGAGUUCAGGCUGCUGCUGCUGCUGCUGCUCCGUCCCCGCAGGAUGUGAGAGAACCACAACACGAAACACUGAAAACUGAAGGCCUCAUCAAGUUCAAAGAUCGACAGAAGACGCUCGGCCGCGGACAAACAUGGCUCUGUUCUUCUCCGGAGCUGUUACAAGUUCACCGAUCAAACGACGGCUGAGGGCCAGUCACUCCUGUCAGAGCCUCGACCUGUCUCUCCUCUCUCCUGACUCCUCGUACGUCUGUUACUCGUCCGUGGACGGCGGUGAUCCGUGCUCCUGCCGCCGCUCGCCGCGUCUCCUCACCAACGGUUACUACAGCGUCACAGAGGACAGCUUCUCCUGGGACGAUGACGGCAACGUGUCGCUGACUCCCUGCAAAACCAACGUGUGUUACAAAGAGAACCUGGUCAGGGUUUUCCGGCGCAGACGGCGGCCUCGCAGCUCUCUGGUUCGCCUGCUGAGCGACGUGACGGAGAGCUGCCAGUCCUGGCUCGACGAGAAAGUCUUCAGAGGCGUGUUCGGGACAGGACAGAACCAGAUCUGUGACCAGGACCAGGACUGGGCAAGGACCGGCCAGGAGGACCUGGCCCCGUCGCACGAGUCAUCCUGGUCCGGAUUCAACAGCACCGAGCUGGACGACAGCCGCAGCUUCACUUACGACCACACUGAGAUCCCACCUCCACCUGACAAAGUGGCCCCGCCCCCGACACUGCUCAUCCAGGAGGAGAUUUGUUCUGAGAUAUGUCAAUCAAAAGAGCGGUUCACCCAAUCACUGGGCGGCCUCUCUGAAGUCCCGCCUCCCUCAUCCUUCUACACCAACAGCUGCUGCUGCCAGGUCUCACCUGAGCACACAGGAUUAACAAUGAGGUCUCUUCUCCUCUUCAUCCUCACCAUCUUCAUCUUCACUGCUCUAUACUCCGGGUGUCUGUUGUGGAGCGCGACGGUUGCAUCGGCCGUGUUCGUGAUGAUCACGUCAUUCAUGCUCCUGACAAAGUCGGGGCCAGUGGGCAAGUGGAGGAGGGCGAAGACGGAGGAUAUCACAUCAAGAAACGAGUAAAAGCAUCAGGAGACAGUUUCCAGUGUUCGUGAAACUAGAAGAGGGACAGAAAAGGUCUGAUGGACUUUACAUUUCACUAACUGUUUGUUGCAGUUAAAGGACCAAGUAAUACUGAGCUCCGAAAGCACUUUACAGAAACACCUGUUUGAUUCUUUGUCAGUAAAUGUUUUAUAACAAUGAUCACUUUUCGAAUGUAAAUCUUUAUCAGGAUGUGUUUUCUGUGCCGAGAUGCAUCGAUCAAAAGGGCUGAAAUUAAACUGAAGCUGACACAUUUACAGCAUUUAACCUUUAAAUCCAGAGCGAAGCCCCGGUAACACUGGCACGGUGAUGCAUCCAGGUGUUAAAGGUGUUAAGUGUUGGAACCAUUGCCAUGUAUUACCGGAGUACAAAAGCUGAAUCAGAUGUGUUUCUGUUAAACCGCUGAAGGAGCUCAUCAGCAUGGUGACACAAGUUACUGUCGUUCAGCAGCUACACAACAUAAAGAGUCCUGAUCAAAUAUAAAACAUCCAGAUGUACCUGAUGUAUUUACUGUAAGUGUGUCUUCGAUUGUUAAUAGUUGAACUUGGCUUGUUUGGGGUGUCCAACGUGACCAAACGUCAGAUUUUACUCGUCUGGAGAACAAAUUCACGUCCAGCAGCCAAACAAAUAAGCAGUGAGCAUCGCUGUGAAGCCUCACGUCUAUUUAAAAUAGACGAGCUGGAACUGGAACCACAGGAGAUAAGCGCCAAAAAAAAGGUGCAUGCAACAGCACAUAAUCAAGGAAACAGGAAGGGGUUCCCUGUUUUGAUACUGAUGAUGUAAAUGCAUCACGAGGAGGAGACAUUGAUUAUGUUAAUGUCACCUGACUGACAGCUGACUAAACAUUUAGUCAGUGAUUGUGGUCGGAUGAAGCCAUUUAUUAUCACACAAUUGUUGGUAAGAUUUUUUAAUCAUAAUGAUAACUGAAAUCACCCAGAUGGCCCUGAUCAAAAGGUUGCAUAGCACUGAAUUUCUAGCCUGGAAAUAUACACAGAAGCUGACGCACACCAGCUUCCACACCUGCGACUUGUUUGAUUGUAAUUAGUGUCCGUGUAUAAAAAGUCAGUCAGGUUCUGAACUGCACACUUAAUCCAGGGCUGCACCACCAAAGCAAAGCAGAAGACCAGGACGAAAAGGAUAUAAAAGGCUUUCAAAGGAAACACCAAUCAGUGGAAAAUUAGUUCUGUUGAUACCAAGACGGAGUCAGGUAGACCAACAAAGAAAAGCAAAGAAAAACCCACAAACAACCUCUGCUCAAAUACAGACUCCCUGCAAAAACAGUGCCGCGGCUGUUUCACGGUUCACAGUACCGAGGAGCUAAAUUCAUCAGCACAACUAUCUGCAGACGCACACGUUGUUGUUUCGGUGGUUUUUCAUAAACUUACCUCGUUCUGAUUGAUGCAUACAGUGACAUCAAGUUAAACAUGAUCAGAUGUCAUUCAUCUGAAACAGACUCGAUCCGUGAAGCCAGAGGAUGAUUGUUCUCUUGUGUAGCUUUAAGAGUAGCAGCUUUGUAUUUUAAAUAUUAAACGAUCACGUUGUUCUCUGCAGCAUUUUGUAGUGAAACUCUUCAGCUGAAGUGCCUUUAUAUCAGCCAGCAGAGCAGAAAUACAGAAUAAUACAGGGAAGUGUUUGAUUUAAACCUAAGAAAUGCUGCUGAAACAGAAACAGACCUGCUCCAGCGUUUAUUCUCUGUGUUUGGAGUGCUGGAGCAGAUGGGUGGAGUUUCCCACAUUAGGGAAACUUUAAACCAGCUCUAGAAAAUAUAGAUUUUCCAAUUUAUUUAGCUGUGUUCACUCAUUGGAUGUCUGAACAAAUUGCUGUGAAGAAAUAUAUGAGGCAGAUUAGUGGAUAUCCAAUCAUAUCCGAGUGCAGUCACACCUGUAAGGUUACUUUAAAGGAUGUUUCAGCAUUUUUGGAAAUGUGCUGAAGGUUCAGUGUUCAGAUGGACAUUAAUCUCAUGUCUGUGUGUGGAGCUGAAGGCAGGAUGUGGUUAGCUUAGCUUAGCAAGGGGCUAAACUCCAACCACCACAUAACUCAAAAAAACCACAGUGUUGUUUGUACAGUCUUAAUUAAUCAAGAAGAGUCCACUUAAUGAGUUAAUUAGUGAGCCUUAGAGAUUCUGAUUGGUGUCAGUUGCUGAAUUGAUCCAAACUGAUUAAAAUUUCUGAAUUUCUCCAAGUUCUCCAAAACUCUAAUGUCACCUGACUCAACGGCUCCUUCACUGACCAGCUGGGAAAAAGCAGUUUCACAUCCACUGAUCCACUUUUUCCUUAGCUUCAAAAAGAAAGUCCGCUGUGCCAGAAAGGCCACCUGGAAGGUUUCUGUGGGACAAACUCCACCCAGCUGGCAUCACAGGCAGGGAAAACCUAUUUACAACUCCACUGUGAGUCAGGUCUGCUUCUGUGUGAAUAUGUACAGUCACAUUUCACUCUAUGAUACUUUCUGCAGCAGCAAUAACUCCAGAAAACUCAACUGUGGUGAAUUUAACACCUCAAGUGUGCAGGGAGGAUCAUUUUGGGAUCAGGGAACCUUUAAAGUCACAAUAAAGGAAAAAAAAUCGUCUUUUGACUUUCAUCAUAAAUAUAAACCUCAUGCUUUGAAAAAAGAUCCACAAAGAAUCACACAGUCUCAGUAUCUGAUCGCCCGAAGCUCACAAAACGUCACAUCAAUGCAAACAGUUUGAUCAGUUAUCGAUCUGUGAUUCCUGUGGGAGGAAAAGGAAAAUGUUUUCAUCAGGAGAAGAGGUGAGGCAGGAACCCGGGACCAAGAAAUGUACAAAAACCAGUACUGUAUGACUUUAUAAGGCUUUGACUUUAUGAAGUUUUUUUACAUUCAGUCACGUUUGGGCCUCGAACCUCGCCAAGACUUUUAGCAAAGCUGAAGGAGGAAGAGAUGAGCUGUGCUUUGUUUUCACCCGCAGCACAUAUCAGCUCUGUCUGAGUGAAAUUUGCAUGGUGUCAUGUGAUUCUGUGUGUGAAGUUCUGUCGCUUUAUCUUUAGUUCAUGUUCCCGAUCGUCUGAAUGGAUUAGACUGAAAAACCUCCUUUCUGUUCAGACAGUUGUGAAAAUCAUUCAUAUAGGCAUUAAUGACCAGUUUGUGACUUGUAAACACUGUCCAUGUCGACAUCCAAGUCUGUAAAGUUUUUCUUCAUAUUUACAACUUGGUGUAAAAUGACAUGCGAGUUCCUGAACGCCUCACACGGUCCAAAGUCUGUCAUUUGAUGUAAUUAAACCAACAUUUGAUGGACGUAUUAGUAUUUUUAACCCUCACAUGUGUCGUGACCAUGGGAAGUCGUGACCAUGGGAAUCUUUUUGCGGCCAUCCGUCUGAUCUGACGGGAACGUGGCUUCAGAUCUGUGACAUGAAGCUUUAACGUUCGGUCACACCAGAAGGUGGCGCAGUGACAGUGAAUGAAUGUGCUUGAUGAUGGAGUCACUGCUCGCAGGGUUAGCUGGUGAACGAUUGUCGCCGCGGAGCUAACGUCUAACAUGCUAGCAACCUGACAACAAGCUCCUGUCUGGUCUCUGCUCUACUCGCUGUUGAAGAGGGAAACGCUUUAGCGAACAGGCAGCAUGUGCACGCUGUUGGGAAAAAGACGUGUUGGUGUGACGUCCUGUCUCCUAUCUGUGUGCAGCCACGGCUCUGUCGGUCGGUGGUGCAGAUUCAGGUCUCAGCUCACCAGAGUUGAACUUGAUUCCAUUGAAAAGAAUAAAUUUCGCUGCAGAAGUUUUCGGUUUUCAUGCUGGUGUGACCGGGCCUUUGCAGGUCGAAUGUCUCUCUUUCUGUGAAACUCACGAGUUUCUGGUUUGUCUGGUGUGUUUUUAUUCACUUAAAGUGCCAAAUGUGUAGAAAUCGUGACAAUUCAGGAAAUGUUACAUCACAAACACUUCAUCAGUGAACAAAAGUCAAGAUGUAGAUUAACACAGCUCUGCAUGACUUAUUACUUUGCAUUUAAAGCUGCACUUCUCAGUAUUUUUAUAUCCACGAUGGCUCAAAUGACACUGUGUAAUGUGCGAGUGAUGAUUGCAGCGAACUCUGCAGCUCUUUUAGCCUCUUUUAGCCUCCAGUUUUUGAACUGAGGGAACAUUGGACUUGGAUCCAUCAGGUGGACACGAACACCGCUCCAGUGGGAUGAUCAUGUUGGUGAUGUGUAAAUAAACGUUUGCUAACAUGUUCUUCGGUCCCCUGGCGGCCAACAACAUUUUAAUGCAGCUUUAAAUGACCAAAGUUAAAUGUGGAGGUUUGGUAGUUUCUCAUUGUGCUUUUUCUUUUAUAGAAUCACUUAUAAAAUAUUGAAUUUACUGCAAAGACAAGGGACAGAAAGUUUCUAUGACUAAAAUACAUUUAAUAUGAAUCAUCUUGAAUAAAUCAAGCCUAUAGAUAAGCUCGUAUCUGUGAUUUAAUGCAGCUGAUGAUGUUGUAUAUUGUUUUUUUUAUUAUUGACUGCACUUGUUUCCAAAUGUGGAAAUGUAAUACCCUGCUUGUAACAGCACUUAUUAUAUCUGUUCAGUUUUUAUUCCACUACACUGUAUUCAUAUUGUUAAAGUCUGAUAGUUAAUCGCCCGCUCUGACAAUUGUGAAAUUAAACCUUAAAAGACACACAAACUACAUUGUAAUUAGAAUACACGAAAAAUAUUGUUGGUCUUCAUUCCAAUCAAGGAGGAGCACACCAGGCUGGAAUCAAUUAAUCAGCUGAUCUCAGUCUUCAGCUGAUAACUAAGUGAUUCCUUGAUGCUGAUUGGUUGGCCCGGUGUGCUCCUCCAUGGUUGGAACUAAAACCUGCAGCCACACGGCCCUUUAUGGAAUCAGUUUGACAUAUGUGGUCUAAAUGAACAAAUUAUGUAUUAAUCAACGUGACGAAUUUGCUUCCAAAAUGACGCUUGAUCUCUGUGUUUCAAUCAGUAAAUAGUCUAAAUUCGCCAACAGUAGUUCAGUGAUUUGGAAGAUGUGUAGUUGCCUUUUUGGGCCUCUUGAUGGCGCUAUGUUUUAAGAUUUAAUUUUUACAGUAUUUUGCAUAUUGUCAUGUAUCUUCCAGUUUCAGUGCAAAUGUUUUGUUUAAAUGUUCUGUGUAUUAAAGCCUGUCAUAAAGACGA